CCGCCUGUCAUUUUUGUGUCGCUUCACGCAAUCAACACCACCUUCACAAUGGCCGCUGUUGCUCCUGCUGCCACCGCCCAGCAGGUGGUGGUUACCAAACCCCAAGGCUUUGACCUUUACUCUCGUUUUGCUCUUGCAGGUGCCAUGGGUUGUUCCAUAACCCACGGUGCAUUUACUCCAGUCGACGUUGUAAAGACCAGGAUCCAGCUCGACCCUGCCACGUACAACCGUGGCAUGAUUGGCGGUUUCCGUCAGGUUAUCCAAAAUGAAGGUGUUGGCGCUCUUGCAACUGGCUUUGGCCCUACCUGUGCUGGUUACUUUAUGCAAGGAGCGUUCAAGUUUGGAGGUUACGAGUUCUUCAAGCAAAAGUCCAUUGACGUCCUUGGUCUUGAGAAGGCCCGCGAGAACCGCGCGCUCGUCUACUCCGUGUCUGCUGGUUGCGCCGAGUUUUUCGCCUCAGUUGCCCUCUGCCCUCUGGAGGCUACCCGCAUCCGUCUUGUCUCGACACCUGGUUUCGCCAACGGCCUAGUGGGAGGAUUCGGAAAGAUUCUCAAAAACGAGGGUGUUGGUGCCUUUUACUCUGGAUUCGGCCCAAUCCUUUUCAAACAGGUCCCUUACACAAUCACCAAGUUUGUUGCCUUUGAAAAGAUUGCCGAGACCAUCUUUGACAUGUUUGACAAGAAGUCCAUGUCUUCCGGUGCCCAAACCACUGUCAACUUGGGAUCUGGUCUUCUUGCUGGUUUCGCUGCUGCUAUUGUUUCCCAGCCUGCAGACACUAUGCUGUCUAAGAUUAACAAGACCAAGGGUCUGCCUGGAGAGAGCACCGCCUCUCGCCUCAUCAAGAUUGCUGGCGAGCUUGGUCUUCGUGGAUCCUUUGCUGGUCUGCCAACCCGUCUUUUCAUGGUCGGUGGACUGACUGCUGGUCAAUUCGCAAUCUACGGUGACAUCAAGAAGGCUCUGGGUGCUUCUGCUGGUGUUGAGAUUGCAAAGUAAGGAAGAAGCUACUACUAUCAGUUUCAAUGGUUGGAUUUAGAAAAGUUAGUCCAGUCACUACAUAGACGUACGCAUGCUUGAUACCCAAAGCACUGCGCAUGAACCAGUAUAGAUCUCGCAGAUUUGUUUGCUGUUAGACACCUUCUAUCAUCACAAUAUUCAAACAUCAAUCUUCC